GGUUGGAACCCCUGACCUGCCUCAUUGCAAAGACAGACCACGUGACUUGGCUACGUUACAUGUCGAGAACAAAGUGGAAGCCAUUUUGUAGCCGCAUCUAGAAAGGAUACGGAGCGAUGGUGUUCUAAUUUAUUUAUUCCUAUUCGUUGCAAACAUUAUUUAAGAUAAACGAUGCCUUUGGACACAUUCAUUUGUGGUCAAUGCCAAGGCAACUUCAAUGACAUUGAACUGUUCAUCAUUCACAAGAAAGAAUGCGCUCCCGAAGCGCCGGAACCAGCAGUUGAUGUCACACCUGAAGCAGUUGAAGUGCCAAUAACUCUAAACUCUGAUGACUCAAUUAAAUUCGCCGAUGCCUUGCAGUGUACCCCAGUUGAAGAAUCUGUAAAUGUUGGGUCAGCUGACCUACUGUCCCAAGUGGCUCAGGCUGCCAUGGUGACCGGAGAGAACUCAUCCGAUACGAAAGCCGUGGUCAUCAUCACCUCUCCACAGGACAGCAACAGCAGUGCAGCGGCCGUCCAGCCGAUACUGGACGCCCUCAACCAGUCUGUUAACGUAGAGCAAUUACAAUCAAAGACACCUCCAACAGUUCAACCUCUUGCCACUACUACCACCACCACAACCACCACCACACCCAUCACCGCCGCCACCACCACCACAGCCACAACCACCACCACUACCCCCAGCUCAACUGGUGAGUCAGGAGGCCGUCGUCGUGGAAGACCCAGAAAAGGAGAAGAGAAGAAUGUCCAAAGGGAUGCUGUCCCUAAAGAGCCGCAAAGACUGCCAAUCCCCGAGAAAGGUAAAGAUGGGAAAUACCAUUGCGCACGGUGUAAACGUGCGUUCCCCAAAGAGCGUUAUUUCAUCACACACAAAUGCCUGGCUACUUCGGACUAUGUGGAUAUUUCCAAAAAGGAUGUUGUCAAAAUUGAAGGUGAUGAAAGUGAGGAAGAGACUGAAGUGACUCUCGUAAAAGAUGAUGAAGAGGAUUACAAGCUUCAUUUAUCAGAAGAGGAGGAAGAAGCCAGCACUAUCAACCCUAUCUCUACCCAGCAGCCGUGCUCGGUCCAGCCGUCUGGGAACCUGGAAGUGGACACUGCUGUGGAAAAGACCAAGGAUCACAUUCAGGAUAUUCCAGUAUUUAAUACGGAGGAGGAGAAAAUGGCCUUUGAACAGAGUUUGAAUGUGGAUCUGAGUGGGGUUGACCACAUGUUUCGUGUCCAUGUUAUUGAACAGGACCUUAAUGAGAAUGCCCCCUCGGCCCCUCGAACCGGUUCGUUCGGACUCUCACUCUACUCAUGCAAUACGUGCGAUAAGGUGUUCAAGACGCUGUCCCACAUGCGACUCCACUGCCUCAUCCACACCGACCUGAAACCCUUCAAAUGUUCAAAAUGCACCUAUGCAUCCAAUUCUAAAGGCAACUUAUACACACACAUGCGUAAACACACAGGACAGUUUUACAUCUGUUGUAAGUGCUCGUUUAAGACGGUGAACAAGAGCCACCUGUUGGAGCACGAGGCAACGCACAGCAACGUCCGACAUGCGUGCGAGAUGUGCAAGAAGGACUACAACACCAUCAAGUCUUUGGUGAACCACAUUCGGAAAUACCACAGCAACACUCGGAAAGGUAAAGAGUAUUUGGCAAAGUUCUUGCAAGGACGGCAAGACCGUGGCACCACGGUGAUUCACCAGUGCCACGUGUGCAAUCGCAAGUUCAAGAAAAAAAUCGAUCGAGAUAGACAUUUGUUUGUGCACGACAUUCGUGAUAUUCCAAGUGUACAGCAUUGCGAACUCUGCGAUUAUUCUGCCAGUCGAAGAAUUUACCUUGAGAAGCAUUUCUUGAAACAUCGUGUCAUUUAUUGUUGUGCCGUGUGCCAGGACAAGUUCUUGAGCACAGUGCGUUUGAUGGAACAUAUAAACAAUGUCCAUUCCGGUACCGAAGAGAACCUUUUCGAGCAAAGCAUCGCAGCAUCUCUUUAUCUGCCAGAACCUGACGAUGCUCUUCCAGACCAGGAUAAGGAAUUCGAUAACCUACCCCCAGAACUCUCUGCCGUUGCCAUCAACAAUGGUAAAGACAGCAGCACUGACACAAAGUUGUUGAUCACGUCUUCAACUGAUGCGAACAUUUUGGCUGCUGCUAAUGUUGAAGAAAUUGGUACAGUGGCUUCUGAUCCGCUUGCUGCAAGCACUGGCACCAGUACCAGUUCCGUGGCAACCACUACGGAUGUGGAAAUGACCGAGGUGAAGAACGUGGAAGCAGGCAGCUCAACUGUUAAAACUGAUGAUGAUUUGAAGAAAGAAGAAAGCAUGCAGGUGGAUGAAAGUGUUGAAGAGAAACCAGCAAAAUGUACAGUGAAUGCGGAGAGUAAUACUGAAGAGGCAUCUGCCUCUGAUAACAAGCUUGCUGUCAGCUCUUCAGAGAGUGCCAUGGAAGAAGGAAGUACUUCAAGUGACCCUAAGAAAUCUGCUUCGACUUAUUUAGAAGAUAAAACAACUGGUAUGACCGAGCGGAUAAAACUCCCCAACAACAGUUCGGAAACUGGAGAGAACUAUGAAAACGGAGAAGAUCUUCCUGCCGAAGAUGUUGAUGCCGAUAACAAAUCUUCUAAGGCUUCUGACAUAAUAAAGCGUCUUGGCUAUCGUCCACUUUCUCUGGAGAUCUUCCAGAAGAUGCGACAGACAUUUGGUCACGAAGAGUGUGAGUUUUGUGGCCGUCUCUUUUACAACCGUGCCGAUUAUGACCCACACGUUCGAACCCACACAGGGGACCGACCUUUCCAGUGCGAAGUGUGUGACUAUCGAGCCAUUACUCGAGAUAACCUCAAGCGACACAUUGAGCGGGAACACGAUAAAAUUACGUUCCCUUGUAAAGAGUGCAAAUUUCUGGCAACUAGUCGGACACAGCUUUGGAACCAUCAGCUCAAACAUCGGGGAGUGUCAGGCUUGGAAUGUCCAGAGUGUCACGAGAAGUUUGAAAAUUUGAAAAGGUUACGCAAUCAUAUUCUUAUAAAGCACCCAAAGAUGAGCAAGGAUGAAGUUCAGCGAAUAACUGGACUUGGUCACCGAAUUCAAAGGAAAAUGGGUCGUCGUUCUUAUAAAUGCCCAUACUGUGAACGAGUAUUUAUUCGUGCCAACUCUGAGCUGAGAAAACAUAUUUGGAUCCACGAGGGCAUCAAACCUUUCCGAUGUCCCCUCUGUCCCCACGCCUGUCGCAGUAAGAAUAACUUGCAAGCGCACAUGCUACGGCAUUCCAACGAGAAACCGUUCAUGUGCAACGACUGUGGCAAGGCCUACAAAUCAAAGACUGCCUUGAGGUGGCAUGUCCGUUCCCACAAAGACGGAAAACUGUUCAAGUGUGACAAGUGCCCUUAUGAAGCAACACAAAGGAGUCACUUGAAACGCCACAUGGAAACUCACGACAUAGUGAAGCGGUUUGUGUGCCACCAUUGUGAUUAUUCAGCCAAUACCCUGGGCUACAUGAAGGUCCACUACACACGCAACCAUAAAGGGCUGCAGUACACAAGCAGCAACAGCAGCCCAGUCGAGAAACCAAACAAUUCCUCGGAUUCUCGCGUUUACCGAUGCCUCAGCUGCGAUUAUCUGUUUGGCAAUCUGUCCGACUUGAAGCGGCAUCUAAAGGUCAGGCACCACGUCCAAGUGCAAGACAUUCAGACAUUGGAGAAUAUAACAGCUUCUGAACUUGUUUUCCAAGUUAGUGAUGAACCCCCUCUAUAUUCUGAGGAAACAAAUUCAGUUCCGGCCCCUCAAGAGUUAGAUGAGAAAACUGCUUCAGCUGUGAACAUUCUACAACACAUCAUUGACAUGUCGCAACAGGGAGCUUUUGGUCAGCAGCAAAUAACGGUGCAAUCAGAGAAUGGUCAAAUGGUUACGGUCAACCCUGACACUAUCAUUGUCCAAGAAGAAGGCCAGGAGGUACUUGUGUCGGACGCAAACCAGGAACUUGCCGGAAACCAGUUUGUGAUUCAGUAUGUGACCCCUCAGGAGACAUCUCAAAUAGCUGCGGGGGAAACCACGCUGGAUGUGCAGAGCACUGAUCUGCAGGACAUCACGACCAGUACCGAGGUGCUCCAAGAGAUUGUACAAAGUUAACAACUGCAAUUCUCCAAGAAAUCUGUGACAAAAAACUUUAUGAACACAUUAGUAUUAUUAUCAAUAUUAUUAAUAUUAUUAUCAUUAUUAUUAUUAUUGUUAUUAUUAUUAUCAUUAUUAUUAUUGUUAUUAUUA